AUGCGUGUAUGCGCCUGCUUGGAAAAAGCAGCUGCUAGUGAUCAGUCCUCAGCCCGCCCCGUCCGGCCCCGCAGCCUCAGCCCGCCCCGCCCGCUCGCCGCAGGGAUGGCUGCGGAGGACGAGGCGGAGCUGAGCCUGCUGGAGUGCCGGGUGUGUUUCGAGCGCUACGGCCCCGGCGGGCAGCGGCGGCCGCGGAACCUGCCCUGCGGGCACGUCCUCUGCCGGGGCUGCCUGGGGGCGCUGGGCGGCCCGGCCGGCCGGCGGCUGGAGUGCCCCUUCUGCCGGCGGGCCUGCAGCCCCGCCGAGACCAGCGACUGCCUGCCGCUGCUGCAGCUGCUGGAGGUGCUGGGCCGCGCCGGCGGCAGCAUCCCCUGGGCUCUGCGGAGGAGCGGCGAGGCGGGCGGCGCGGCGGCCGCGGGCCUCGGGCUCCGGCUGUCGCUGGGCGGCUGGGGGUCGCUGGUCAACCCCACCGGGGUGGCAGCCUGCCGGAGGUCGGGGCGCCUGGCCGUGGCACACGACGGCAAGAAGAAGAUCCACGUCUUCGGGCCGAGCGGAUCCUGCCUGCAUCGGUUCGGGGAGCGGGGGGGGGAUGCGGGCAGCGAGAUCAAGUACCCGCUGGACGUGACGGUCACGUCGGACGGGCACGUGGUGGUCACCGACGGCGGGGACCGCUCCGUCAAGGCCUUUGAUUUUGAGGGAAGGGGUGUCCUGGCCGUGCGGGAAGGUUUCUGUUUCCCCUGGGGCUUGGAUGCCACCCCCGAGAGCGAGGUUCUGCUGACCGACGCGGAGGCGGGCGCUCUGUACCGCCUGACGGCCGACUUCAAGCAGGGGAGAUUCAAGGUGUGUCAGAUGAUCCGGUCUCAGCUCGUCAGCCCCAGAGGGGUUGCGGUCUCCCAGACCUCGGGUGCUGUCGUGGUGAUAGAGCACCUGAAAGCUCAAGGGCCGAACACCGGCAGCACCAGAGUGAAGAUCUUCAGUGCCGAGAUGGAUCUCAUCGGGCAGAUGGAUAGCUUUGGUCUGAACCUCGUUUUCCCCUCCAAAAUAUAUACUACGGCUGUGGCCUUUGACAAAGAGGGCCAUGUUAUAGUGACGGAUGUCUGUAGCCAGGCCGUAAUAUGCUUAGGGAAACCUGAGGAGUUUCCCAUCUUUAACCCUCUAAUUAGCCACGGGCUCUCUUACCCUGUAGGACUGACUUACACAGCAAACAAUUCUCUCGUCGUUUUAGAUAGUGGCGAUCAUUCGAUAAAAAUAUAUAGUUCCACCUGAAUGGGUUUAGGUGCUUACUGCUGUAGGUUCAAGCUGCUUUUGGCCACAAAGCACACAAAAUCCUGGUGUUCGUAGGCGUGUAGGGAGGAGAUGUUUUCUGGGCUGUGAAAGUUGUUUGUGAAAGUGAAGCUGCCCUCUUCAACUAAUGCUGUGCUUCCUGCAAAACUUAUUGAACCUCUUGCCUGGCUGUGGAGAAGACCUGGCCCUUGCAGGCUGUAGUCAGCAACAAAUCAACCAAACAAAUAAUGUGGCUUUUUGAAACUAUUGCAUACCUCCACAAACAAAUAUUUUUUGUGCUUUUUGACAAGUAAUAACAACAUCAUGUGGAAUGGAGUAAUCUAAGACUGGCACCUGGGAAAGAAAAUGAUGCAUCGCUUGUUUAUGUUUCCCAGCACCUAGUUGUAAUUCAUCUUCAUUAAGCAUAGCUACACUCAUCAAAGUGACAGAGUGGUUUCUGCUUCCAAGAUUUCUGGACAACAGAGGAGACUGGCUUGAUGAAAUGGUAGGAGAAGUGAAAGCUUCAUUUCAGGCCCAGCUAAGGUCAUUGCAAUGGAGGAGCUACCAUUGAUUAGUGAGUUAUGUGAAUUGGUGUUCAAAGCCUAUUUUUUUCUGCAACAGGGAAAAGCACUUCUGGGAUCACUCUUCUCUGUACUAGUUUGUUCCCACCUUGAUUAGAAUUGGUGAGAAGAGCUGGAGCAGUCAAUCUUCCUGUGUAAUGCAGAAGUCUGCAUCUUUACCUAAAAAUAAUGUGGUGUGUGGUUACCAGCAUGAGCAGCUUUCCAUAAAAGCCCCUUGAAAUAUUUGUGUUUAGACCACAAAUACGUCUGCAUAAAUAAAAUUGAGUUGGCUGUGCUGCUAACACAUCUAUGCCUGAGAAGUUUCCAAUACUGCUUGCCUCUGCCUUGUCAUUAAUAUGGUACUUCUGUGCCCUAAACUCCAAGAUUCAACUGCAAGUUGAAAUGUUGGUGGAAGUAAUAGAGAAGGGGGAAUGUAAGCCUUGUUUUUUUCCUGUCUUCCAAACAAGGUUUUGUUGAUUGUGAAUACACAGCAGUUUUACUCCACUAUAUAUUUAUUUCCUUGAAAACAGUUUCACUGUGGACACAAGUUCUGUUGCCUUAUUGCACAGAGGAAAGGAAGGUAUAUCUGAAUUAUUUUGAGAAGGAUUCAACACUCACACUAGAAGUCACUGUUGCAUUUUUAGGUAUUUACCUGCUGCUAAAAUGAUUACUUGGGCCGUUCAGCAUUAAAGGGAAGUUAGAUGGAAAUGUUAUCUAAUGUAGAGAGGAGUAGGUUAAAAUGGCAUAAAACUUGAUCUUUUCCAACAUUCUCUGCUGCAAGGCCACACACAAGUGCCUUUGGUAGGACCAGAAAUACUCUUUGGCUAUUCUGCAAUCAGUGUUCAGCCCUGCAAAGGGGCCUUCUUGAGGAAUCAGAAAGGAAAUUUGCUCAGAGAAGAAGCCCCCCUGGAUUAUAUUCCUUUCUAGGUGCUAAGGAGAUGUCUGCCUUUGAGGUAUAUAAAAACAAUUAGAUAACACUUCCUUUGGGGGACUGCUGUGUUUGAAAGUGCAUGCAAUCAUAGAAUCAUAGAAUCCUAGGGGUUGGAAGGGACCUCGAAAGAUCAUCUAGUCCAACCCCCUGUCAGUGCUGUAUUUAUACAUAAUUAAGAAUUUAUCCCAAGAGCAGCUCUGAACCCUAGCUGUGAGCUUUCAUCUCCUCAAACCUUCGUGUCCACCAGGAGCAUGUAGUUUUGCUACUGAGCUCAUGGAUGGGCAAAUUUCUAGCACCUACUGCCAUGCAAGCAACUUGCCAGCAGCUGAAACGCUGAUUUUUAAUUAUUUGACUCAUGCUGUUUAAAAAUUGACAAAAACUCUCAUUGUUUCCCAUUCUGCUCCAGUCUUCUUUGGUAUAUAACUAGAAAUCACUUGAUGUUUGGAUUUGUAAGCAAAAUAAACUCUGUGCCUUUA